CCCAAAUGUUGAACAAACGACCGCGCCUGUUGUCGUUCCAGGGACUUAGCUCCCACUCCCGCUCGCUUGGAGACAGAGAUGCUGCCGCACCAAUAGCUGGCACUUCGUCCAGCUCGAUGGAACACAUCAAUCGACGUGAGCAGCUAGCUAGUGAUCUCCGUAGCUGGCAGGAAACCCAAAUUGCAGCUUGCAUGGAGGAUAACAUAUUGAACAUGGUCCUGGAGCGCUAUCUCAUCUUCUUCGAGCAACGAAAUAAUCGCAAUGAUCCGGAACAACCUCAGGCAGGGGAUGAGGAGUUGCUGGAAGACGAAGCUAUCCGCAUGGCUAUAAAUGAACGGGGUUUGCAGGCUGCUGGUCCCGAUGAAGCCGUCGCCUCAUCGUCGUCUGCUUCUGCGCCUGUGCCAGCUGCGCAGAGCGAUAGCAAUUCGGUUGGAGAAGCAGCAGGAGCAAAUUGGCCGCAUUUGGGACGGGCAUUGCAUGACAAUUUUAUCCUUGAAACAGCCGUAACCGCAGCAAUACAAGAGAAGGGCCUGGUAUCUGGCUGUGCUGAGAAUGUCGAUGCUACCGAUAGUGACGACAGUGCGUUCCAGGAAGACGGCGCUAGCUAGUGGCUGGAAUUUCUACCUAUUGUACUUUGUAAAUGACUGUUUAAUUUUAUGUUUAUAGCCUUCUAGUAUAAACGUAUUCAAAUAUUCGUAUUCUCACAAUUUCUUCUAAUUGUCUA